AGGAGGGGAAGUAACUGAAGCCACACCUGACAUUGCAUGAGCACCAAGGAGGUCAAUUCUCUGGUACAUCUAACAGCUGGAGCGGCUGGGGGGUUUAUCGGAGUAAUUGUGACAUCGCCCAUAGAGCUACUGAAAACAAGACAGCAGUCGACAGUAUCCGCCUACUCGGCCAGCUGUAUAACAGGUGGACCAGGACCACGACAUCUCGUGGCACCCAGGAACAGUGCCAGUGUUACCUCAAUAUGGAAACAAUACAGAACUAUAGUCGGGCAGGAGGGAUUCAGGUCCCUGUUUAAAGGACUGACCCCCUCCGUAGCGGCAGUGGUUUCCAGUAAAGGUCUCUUCUUCCUUGCUAAUUCGGAAUGCAGGAAACUCGUCCGGAAUGUUUGCAGUCAGGGACAUAUAGUUCAUCUAACAUCAGGGACUUUAGCUGGGAUUAUCAACGCUCUAGCAAUGAACCCCUUUUGGGUUGUCAAGACCAAACUGCAGCUCGACGAACGAAAAUGCUCCAGAAGUGCUGUAUGGAACACAACCCGGAAUCUGUGGAAAGCUGAGAGACACAAGGCUUUCUUCAGAGGUGCUAGUGCUAGUUUAGUGGGCUCCUUCGAAUUCGGAUUGUACUUCCUGAUAUACGAGGAAUUAAAACUGGCUAAGUUGGGAUAUUCCUACUUCUCGCCCUCCUACAGAGAAAACUCUUAUAUACCUACUAUGCUGCAUCUCUCACUGUCAGCUAGUGUCUCAAAGAUAAUAUCCAGCACGAUUAUGUACCCCACCGAGGUUGUCAGGACGCGACUCCGAGAAGAUCUGGAGACCUCUGAACGCAAAAGAAAGUACAGGAAGUUCUGGCGGACAUGUGAGCUAAUCUACAAAGAAGGGGGGGGUGUAACCCAAAAAAACCCAACUCCUACCCAAGAAAAGGUUCCGGUUGAGUUUGCUAAGGAUUAUUGUUGGACGCAAGGGAUCUAUACUUUAAGAGAAGGGUACGACUACCACAGCUCCAUUUUACCUUACCCGGGAGUCUUUCCUGAAGAUGUACCAGGCUGCUUGGAUAAAAUUCUCGACAACGGAGGCAGGAUUGUUUGCCCUUUGGACAAGAAAUACGCCAAAUUUCAGAGAGUUUACCAUUCUUGGUACCAGUUUACAGCAUUCUACUUCUGGACCGCUUCCUGCGCUUUCUUCCUACCCUACAUGAUGUUCAAAUUCUUCGGUAUGGGUGACCUGAAGCCGGUGAUAUCAAUGUUACACAAUCCAGUGGAGACAGCAGAAGAACUAGACAUGCUCACUAAAAAGGCUGCCAGGUGGCUAUACGUUCGGGUUCACGCCUACAUCCACACCGACCAGUACUACGGAAAGAGAGUAGAGAAGCACCUCCUCUUCUUCUCAAUCAUGCUCACUAAAUCCUGCUAUCUCCUCUUUUCUGUUAUCCUCUUCUGGCUGACCGAGAAGAUGUUUCACAUUGGCAGCUUCAUGAGUUACGGGCUUGACUGGGCUGCUGAAGAAUCAGAGCCUGGUGAGGAUUACAAAAGUCUAAUACAAGACAAGCUCUUCCCAAAGAUGGCUUCCUGUGAGAUAAAACGCUGGGGAGCUACAGGAAUUGAAGAAGAGCAAGGAAUGUGCGUUUUAGCGGCCAACGUUAUUAACCAAUAUCUCUUCCUAAUCUACUGGGGAGGAAUGGUUAUCACUGUAAUCGUUAACGUACUCUCCGUCCUGAUAGCCCUCAGCAACCUCUGCUUCAUCGAGGGAGCUUACAGGAACCUACUCGCUACAGCCUUCCUCCGGGAUGAACCCGCUUACUCGGAGAUCUGGAGGAAAUCAGGAACCUCGGGCCGUGUGAUCCUGCAACUGAUCGCAAAGAAUGUGAACCCCAAGAUAUUUGAGCACGUGUUGAAUGAGCUGGUUAACUUGUUGAGAAUGGCGGACAGGUCAGGGUUUGAUUCUAGAGCCGAGGAGGAGGAUGAGUUUGUACACCCUGACAAUGAAAUGGAGUUUGAAGACACUUUGUAGUCUCGCUAGUUCAACUAGGUUAUGUUAGUUCAAUCAUAUAGGCUCCUUAAGUUCAAAUAAGACAGCGUCUUGGUGACGGUGAAACCUUCAAAAUCAAAGUUGGUAGCGAUGAAUUACAGAGGCACUAGAAAAGGUGUACUUUUACCCAGACGUCACACAGGAAUGAUGCCGAUUAAAUAUAGGAUCACUAACUUUUUCCAGUCGAAGAAGCUUCUGUUGUUUUUAAUUUAACAGCUAACAGUAACGUUAUCUUGCCACAUCGGGCAUGGAAAUUAUUUUAUGUCGUUUAAUAUUGAUACCUUCGAAGAAUUACAUCAAUUUAUAAGAUUUAUUUUCGUUGAAGGAAAAGGUACGCCAACGGUCCACUGUAGCCAAUUUAAGACUUCUGUAACUACUAAAUAUGUUGUAUGUAUAUAUAUAUUUUAUAAAUUGAUUUAUAAUCAUUUGCAAUU